AUGCUUUCACAAGUUCACGAUAAUGCAGCAACCACUCAAUCCCAUCAACAAGCCAUCAUUAUUGAUGGAGGAAUUAUGGAAGGCGGAGGACAAAUUAUUAGAUAUUCAACUGCUCUUUCUCACAUUUUGAAUAAAUCAAUCAAGGUGCAGAAUAUUCGUGCAGGAAGAGAAAAUCCUGGAUUGAGAGCUCAACAUUUGACUGGAGUUGUUUUGGUGUCCAUGUUGCCGAAAAGUAGAGAAUUUUCAUCAACUUUGACUGAUUGCAGAGUUGGAUCAACAAGUUUUACAUUCAUUCCAAAGGAUUUGGAGAAGAAACGAUUAGUUUUGAAUUGUAAAAGUGAUUCGAAAGAAGUUCAUAUUGAUUAUGACGAAGAUGAGGAAAUUAAGGUAUCUGCUGAUUGUUUUACUGCUGGAGCAACUACUUUAAUGUUGCAAUCUUCAUUGUGUCCACUGUUAUUUAUGGACACAAAUGGAAAGGAUAUUAGAAUGAGUUAUAGAGGAGGAACAAAUGUGGAUUUUUCACCACCAAUUGAUGAAAUUUCCACUUUACUAUUCCCACUUUUGAGAAGACACUUUUUAAAAAUUGAUAAUUCCAAAUCAUUUGAUUUACAAUGUAAAUAUCGAGGAUUCUAUCCGAGAGGAAAUGGUCAAGCUGAGCUCUUUAUUGAAAAGAGUAAAUAUUUCAAGAAGGGUGAAUUUCUGCAUGCUGUGGAAUUGGUGGAGAGAGGAGAUUCGAUUGUGAAACUAUUAUUGGAGAUGAGUUAUACUGAUAAUGAUGGUUUGGAUUUUUUGGAAAAGGUUGAACAAGCUCUCAAAGUGGAAAUUAACAAGAAUUCAAGUUUCUUACAGCCAUUCUCAAAGAAAUUGGAAAUCCAAGUGGAAAAGAAAAAGUGUAACAACAAUCCAUCCAAGGCAAGAGCUGUCUUUGGUACCUGUAUCAUGUAUGACUCGAAGGAGAAUGCAUUUGGUGCCUCCUUCCAUACCAAAGAUAUGAAAAAAAGCCAGAAAUUCAAAGUGGAUGAACACAUUACCCAUACCAAGUCCAUUCUCAAACAUUUGGCCAAACAGUGGAAUGAAGGAGGAUGUGUCGAUGAAUAUGUACAAGAUCAGCUCAUUAUUUUCAUGACAUUGGCCAAAGGAAAGAGUAAGAUUCGUACAGGACCACUUACACUUCACACUCAAACUGCCAUUCACUUUUGUCAAACCAUUGCUGGAGUGCAAUUUACCGUAACACCACAAGAAGGUAAUUCCUUUAUUAUUGAAUGUGAAGGACUUGGACAGAGUUUCGAAUAA